UUUCCUCAGUUUUCUAAAUAAUUUUGAAUUUUCUUAUAUUUUUUUAUACUUUUAUAUAAAUUGAAAGUGGAAAUUACAUCAAGCCUAUUUUAUGCAAGUCUUAUAGACGAUAUUUAUUUGAAACAUUUAAAAUGAAAUCAAUUGUGGGCUAUGUGCCCAAAAUGGAUACUGGCGAGGCUUUGCCGGCCUGGAUGAAAUUUGACUGGAAUUCAAAAGUUCAGCAUGAUAUCUAUAGAGACUGGGGCACAUAUUACUCCAAUCGGCGGCGAGAAACUUAUGCCUUGUACUACUUAACACAGGCAUUAAGCCUGGAUGAACAUGAUUGGUCCACACUUUACAGACGCAGCUUGACCCUUGGCAAGGCAGCGCAGAUCGAGGAAGCACUAGCGGAUGCUAUAAAAGCGGCUGACAUUGCUAUGCAGAAAAAAGGACCCAAUUGCCCCAUUAAUCUACAAAUAUGCGAUGCGCUAUUUGAGCUUAACCGUUUCGAGAAAUGUCAUGUUGAGCUACACAACAAUAUAAGACGUUUUAUGGGUGUUAAGACGCAAACUUUUGAAAAGCGUCGCGUAGUGGUUGAAGAGAUCAUAAAAGAUGUCAAAGAUAAGGCCCUGUCUUUAUUUUAUCUGAAAAACUUUAGGCUGGUGGAACGCGUCAGUGCCACUAUCAAAGCAAAAGAAAUGUUAGAUCAUCGUCCCUUGUGGAAGAUAUUGAAAGAGCUCGAUAAGUGCGAUAUAUUGAGCAUUCCUGAAGAAGAAGAAGAGAUUUUAUCUCCACUGGAAAUAGCACGCAGAAAGCGUGCCUUUAAUGUGAUACAUCAGACCUAUCUGAAUGACUCGUGGUAUGAUGUGCUAUUCAUGAAAAACUUGCGCAAGAAUCCCAAUUUGCUGCUAGAUCAGUGCAAGAAUUCCAGACCCUUUCUGGAAACACUGUCUAAUAAGCAAUAUGAUAUUGUUCGGCGUUUUAUGAAAAUGAUUCAUUGCCGCACUCCGCUUUACUUGAUAAGCUUCUUGAAGUACUCAAAUAAGAAAAUGUUGGAAAGGAAUAAGGAAGCGUAUCUAUACCGCAUACAAUACCAGACACAUCGCAAUAUGAUUGCUGAUCUAAGACAGAUUCGUAAGCUGCGAAAGGAAAAGGAUGUCAAGCGUCUCGCAAUAUACGUUGAGAAAAUAAUGGGUGAUUAUUAUGUGACGAAAACAAAUCGAGUCAUGUGUUGGAGAUUUGAAUUCUUCAAUGAGGUCUAUAACACCAUGGCUCUGACACUUGCCGAGCAAUAUUUUUUGCCCAAGUAUUUCAGGGCCGAAAAACAUUCAUUUAGGGAAGUGUUACAGCUGCCCUUGGAUAAAUUCAAAGAUAACCCGCCAUUUGUAUUUGGGGAUCGUUCGACGCAUCAAGAUGGUGACCUUGUGGAUCCCGUAGCGGUGAGAGAAAGGAAGCUAAUUAUACGCCUCGAAAAACGCAUUCGAUUUGCAAAAUAUUCGAUCGAAAAAUGUUACCUAUACCAUCGCAUAGCCAGCGUUCACUUGAGCCAGUUACACUACGACGAAUGUUGUUUGAAUGCGCGCAGAGCUAUCAAAGAAUGUCAAAACUGCAACAGCCUUAUCUGGAAGUUCCUGAGUGUUUUGCAAUUAAUCAUGGCGAAUGCACUGCAGCACAAAGUGGAAAAGAUUAAAGAGGCUGUCGAUGAGGCAUUGCCAAUUGCCCUGCAGCUAAAGUCGCCGGAGCUAGUUAACUUUGUGGAUGUCUGUUUCUACUAUACUGAGGAGCAGGUGGCCAAGAAGGCCAACUCCAUUCAAAGUCAGAGAGCCAGCAAGGCAUCCACUUUAUCUACGUUAUAAAUUUAAUUAAUUAAUAAAAUAAUAU